CGAGGGAGGAGAACGUGGCCACCUUCCGCGGCUCGGAGUACUUCUGCUACGACCUGUCCCAGAACCCCAUCCAGAGCAGCAGUGACGAGAUCACGUUGUCCUUCAAGACCUGGCAACGCAACGGCCUGCUCCUCCACACGGGGAAAUCUGCAGACUAUGUCAACCUGGCGCUAAAAGAUGGCGCCGUGUCCCUCGUCAUCAAUCUGGGCUCCGGGGCCUUUGAGGCCAUCGUGGAGCCGGUCAACGGAAAAUUCAAUGACAACGGCUGGCACGACAUCAAAGUGACACGCAACCUGAGACAGCAAUCAGGCAUUGGACACGCUAUGGUGACUAUCUCCGUGGAUGGCAUCCUCACAACCACUGGCUACACCCAGGAAGACUACACCAUGCUGGGCUCCGAUGAUUUCUUCUACGUGGGGGGGAGCCCCAGCACUGCGGAUCUGCCCGGAUCUCCUGUUAGCAACAACUUCAUGGGCUGCCUCAAAGAGGUGGUGUACAAGAACAAUGAUAUCCGUCUGGAGCUUUCCCGCCUCGCCCGCAUCGUGGACCCCAAGAUGAAACUCCAGGGCGACGUGGUCUUCAAGUGUGAAAACGUCCCCACCCUCGACCCCAUCAACUUCGAGACGCCCGACUCCUACCUGGCGUUGCCCAAAUGGAACACCAAACGCGUCGGCUCCAUCUCGUUUGACUUCCGCACCUCCGAACCCAACGGCUUGAUACUCUUCACCCACGGGAAGGCCCAGGACCGGCGGGACGCUAAGGGCCAGAAGAACAACAAGGUGGACUUCUUUGCGGUGGAGCUGCUGGACGGAGGGCUGUUUCUGCUGCUGGACAUGGGGUCCGGCACCAUCAAGGUCAAAGCCACGCAGGCCAAGGUCAACGACGGCGCCUGGCACCACGUGGACAUCCAGAGGGACGGACGCUCAG